CGUUAAUCAAAUUCAUACAGUGUUCUCUUAAUACAUCCAUGAUACAGUGAGCAAUAUCUCUGAACUCCACGAUAAGAUGCGAAUAUUAAUAUUGAAGUCACAGAAUAGUCUGUAAAUUGAAGACAUCAGUGCAGCCGGACAAAUGAGUGUGCGUGCUUUGUGGAUUAUUUCUCACGAGAAUAAGGGAGAAAAUGUGUCAAUACGCUUUACAAGGAGGUUUGCUACUGUGGAGCACCGUGCAAAGAUCCUGGCAGGUUCCUCAUAUAGAGCAGUCCCAGAAGACAACACUGUGCUGCAGCUCCUGCUCACUGAGUUGGGGCUUUCAGAGUCAGACAAAUCCUAUGUAGCUCUCAGAGAUGAUUGCCUUCAUCGUCAGCGACUACCAGCCCUGGAGCUGCGGGUAGAUGGUCCUGGAAAGGGAUUUCUUUGGCCAGUGUUGGUCAUCUCCCACGGGCCUCUUACCCUAGCUUGCCUGCCUUUAGUGGAUGUCCCUGCAGAGCCACGGCCACCCCUUGCCAGCCUGCUGUCUGUCUCCCAGGGCCUCACACUCUUGGCAGGUCUGCAGACUUUUCUCCUCGGCUCAGGGGGUAAGCCUGAUAGCGAGGGGCUGGCCUCUCGCCUGGCGAUGCUGCCCUCUGUACUCUUGCAGGUUUGUCCACUUGGCACACCCCUGGAUGUUCCACUACUGGGGGCACCUGCUACACCCACAGUGCCCACUCCUGCGGGGAACCAGAAGCAGCCAGCCUGGAAGACGGGGCUCCACCGCGGUCGAGCUGUGGUGAACGUAGCACUGAUAGAAACAGUGCGCUCCAUGCAGUAUGGUAACCGGAGCAGACAGGACCUGUGGGAUGUUUAUGGCACUGUGACAUGCAAAUGUGAAGUGGAAGGGGUGCUCCCAAAUGUAACAGUGACCCUCACACUGCCACCAAAUGGUUCUCCACUACAGGACAUCCUGGUCCAUCCUUGUGUCACCUCACUGGAUUCUAGUAUCCUGACUGCCAGCAGUGUGGAUAACUGUGAUGGCUCAGCUUUCUCUGGGCCAUAUAAAUUCCCCUUCUCUCCUCCUCUGGAGCCUUUCAGACUAUGCAGCUAUACAUCUCAGGUCCCCGUUCCACCUAUCCUUGGUUCGUAUCAACUGAGGGAAGAAGAGAACCAGCUGCGUGUGUCAGUAACCCUUAAACUUCAUGAGAGUGUGAAGAACAGCUUUGAAUACUGUGAAGCACACCUGCCAUUCUUUAACAGGGAUCAGAUGGGUGUUGUGGAUGUAAAGGUGAGCGCCGGACAACUGGACGUUUCAAAGGAGAAGAACCUGUUGGUCUGGGGCCUGGGACAAAAGUUCCCUAAAUGUCGUGAGGUCACAAUGGAGGGCAAGAUCAGCUUUUCUGGGCCGACACCAGGACCUACUGACCCCCUCUGCACAGAACUUACAGCCUAUAUCAAAUUGUAUUUCAAAGUGCCUGACAUGACGCUCUCUGGGUGCUGUGUGGACCAGCAUUCAGUGCAGGUUUAUUCCUCUGCCAAACCACGGAUUGUAACAUCCCGAGAACUUCAAUCCAAAGAGUACUUCAUAUGGAAUUCAACAGGAACUGCUCCGGUAGCCUCUGGGCAGAUGAUGCUGUAGCAUGGAUACAUGAAGAACAGCACGGUGGAAAAGUGCUCAGUUCACUAUGCUGUAACAGGACUGAAGACUGUCAAGCAUAUACAGUGAUCCAGGCCAGAUAUGUGACCCUGUAAAUUGAAAUUGUUACUAUCCUGUUGUUACUGCAGAUCUUACAAAUGAUAGGACAUAUACAUAACAGUCAAAAUUAUUGUUAUCAAACAAUUACAUGUAAAAGACCUAAUCAUAUUGCUUUCACUGAUCCUUUUUUUUUUUUUAAAUACCUGCCUCUGUCAUCCGACUUCUUUUAUCCCCCAACCUUCACCCUUCCUCAAAUUUAUCCCAUUGCUGACACAAGGGCCACCCCUCGCUCUGACAGUCCCACUUCAGUGACUCUCCAUCAGCCGGAUAAUUAGCAGCUGGGGCCUUGUCAUCAGCUGUUGUGGGCCUGGAGGAGAGGGGUGGCUGGGUUGUGAAAGGCCAGGCUGCUCUGGCCAGUGUCUUGGCUACUAAAGGCUCCUCUUUUAGAGCUGGCAGGAGUCCUCGCCCCCUCCACCAGUCACUCCCCCACCCUUUUGACCCCAUCCCCGCCCUGUCAACUAGUGGCUAGUUCAAACACUCAACCUCUCCAGCCAGACUGUGAUUGAGCGCUGACCCUCUGGCCCUCUGAGGAUUUAAAGCAGGCGCUCGCAUUCAGCAAACAGGACCUGCCUAAUUGGUGAAAAAGUCACAAGGAUGGGAGUGGUUGGGUCGCCUCUUAAGGUUGCAUAGGUGCCUUAACUUAAUUAAUGUGUAUUAUUUUGAUCUUAAUUGUUGUAACACAAGUGUCAGUGCAGACAUCCCUUUAUAAUCAAUACUUAAUUAUGAUGAAAUUAUUUAAAGAGGGGCAUGUGGUUCCACUGGUUUCUCACUGUUAACUAUUGUUUUACCUGAACUGUGAUGAGUUUCAUACUAACUGUUAUAUUUUUACUAUUAAAGCUCCACCUCAGUGUAUUAAGGUAAAUGAAUAACCAGCCGAUGAAGGGUUAAAUCAGAUGAAAUGGUGCCCCACUAUUCCACAGCAGCCAGACUCCUCUGAGUGCCCUCAUUGUCUGCUGUUGGCCUCUUGUGCCCCUUGCUGGUCCAAAUGCUACAUUCUCACGUGGAUUUCCACUCUGAAGGCUGACCAUGACAAAUCCUCUGUCAAUUGGAACCAAUUGCUCACACGGCAUCCUUCACCUUCUUUUUAUGUAGCAGUACGGAGUGGCAGACACCGAGACCUCUCGGCUCUCCCCCUCCACGAUGAUUUGGCUUUAAGGCCCAGUGUGUGUGGCUAGCGAACUGGAAAAGGAGAAGUUUUUUGAAGAGUUGGGGCACUCUAAAUCUCCUCAGUAUCCCAAUAUGUGGUCAGUCUGGCUCCUCAAGUCUGCAGUCAGUGGCCUCUCACUGGCAGACUUUGUUGGUUGAUUGAAUGACUUGCUAAGACUUGCUCAUUUUAAUGUGUUGCUCUGCUCCAGUGCCUUCAACUCAUACCUUUCGGUCUUUAAGUCUACAGUGUUUUUCAGAAUCAAAUUUAAAUUAAUCAUUUAUUUAUUUCAUGAUUGUUGAUUAACACAACAAUAAUCUUCAAAAUAACACAGGCCAAAAUAAAUUUGUGAAAGUAAA